CCCAUAACGACGUUAACGUACAUUCACGCAAACAACGGACGGAAAUGGCAAACUCUACACUUCGAAAACGUUUUAAAGAAGCACAAAAGGUUAACUUUCCAGGAGUGGAAGAAUCAUCCAAUACAUUUAUCAAUGAUUUCAUCAAGGCACAUUGUGACGCAAUUGGAUGUCCAAGAGAAUUUUUAUUUUUUCCGUUUCUUUCAACAUUUGCAGGUUUUAUGGGCUCAAAGGCUGUAAUAAAAGUUCACGAGGAAUGGAAAGAGCCAGCCAUUCUUUGGUCUAUUAUUGCUGCAUGUAAGGGGGAAAGAAAAUCUCCAGCAUUGAAGAGAAUCAAAGAUGCAGUUUUUGAUAUCCAAAACAAAAAACAAAAGACAUGGGCAGUUCAAAAUGAGAACAAACAAGACACACCGACAAGGGCUAAUAAACAUGUUUCAUCUCCUCCCCAACUUCUUAUAGAUGUGUUUUCAAUGGAGGAAUUGCAUAAUGUUUUACAGAGAAAUAACUAUCAAAUAAUUGGUAUUUAUGAAGAAAUAAAAGUACUGCACCAAUCACUUGAUAUAUACAAACCAGGCGGAAGCCUAGUUGACAGAAAGCAGUUCUUGAACCUUAAUGGUGGCUCUUCUUGGGAUCGGAAUUUUAAGAAUUCAGGAUAUUGCCAUCUGCCUAGUACACACUUUAAUCAUACAGGGAUGAUCCAACCCAUAAUUUUAUCUGAUAUGAUGGAUCGAGAUGAUUGGGAUGGAUUCAACGACAGAUAUUUACUUUCCUGUCCAAAAGAAGUAACUUACAGAUCUCAGGAUUAUGUUGUUCCUGUACCUGGUAAUAUGAAAAGGAGUUUUGAGCAAAUGUUCAAUGUCAUUGCGAUGAAGCACGAAGAGGUCAUUGAAUACUGUUUUUCUGCAGAAGCAAAGCUGGUCUUUGAUGAUUAUCAUGAUAACUACUUUUUAGUUAUGAAAAAAAAAUUUGAGGAUGAUGAAAACAGGCGAGGUGUUUUAUCUAAAAGUUUAGGGUACAUAGUCCGACUAGCUGGAAUUUUAACUGCCAUGGACAAUGCUUCAACGGUUGUGAAAGACAACUUGGAUCUAGACACCUACUCAUGGACUGUUACAAUUUCCGCGUCAAUAGCAACAAAGGCUAUAAUGCUAAUGAAAUACUUUAAUGACACAAAGUUCUGUCUUUUGCCAGAAGUUGUAAACAGCCGUACAGAAAACUUGGACACUGCUUCUUCUGAAGACAAAGACCAAUCUUUUAUAUUGGAAAACCAGCAAAAGAUUAAAAGAAUCCUGGAGUACGAUUCAGAAGAAGCAGAAAUUUCCUCAUCUAUUGCAUGUAGAAAUGCGCUUUUUCCACCUGUAUCUAAAGAUGAAAGAGGAGCCAGUUCAAAUAGAUUUCCGUCUUGGGCUGCUGAGAAGUUUUUUAAAGAUAUUAGCAGUUUGGGAUUUGGUGAUGUAGAACAAAAAAGCCAUAGCUUAAACAAAAGUAGCUCAUUAGUAUUUAGGAAAAGGAAGUUAGAAGAAUUAUCAGAACCACACCUUGAACUGAUUAAAAAGUUGAAAAUUUCAAAUGAGAAAUACAUGAAUGGAACUAGGGACACAUCAAACAAAGAGAACCAGAUAUAAAUUAAAUUACUGCAAGUUAUGCAGACACCAGUGGAAUUUUAACUGCUUUUCGCACAGAACAACUUAUACAAUAUCACUAUUUUUAUUUCUUAAUUGUUGCAUACAUUUAUAAAGAUUUUAAUUGAAGUUUUUUAUCUUAUACAUAAUUUGUAAAAUUUUAUUUAAUGCUGCAUUUUGUUAAAAGAAAAUAAUAUCCUACCUAUAACUAUACUGACUAAUUUUAUGAUUUGCAAAAGUUUUGUUUGUUGACCCGACGGUCAAUUUGUAAGAGGUUUUAUGAGAUAUUCUUAAACUACAUGUACAUUGGUUUAAAAAUUUAAACCGUAUACAAUAUUUCAGCCUAGAUUUUUAGGUUUAUGAAUAAGGUUAUAUAAUAUAAAGUGUUCGACAAAUUUGUUUUUUAAUGUUUAUUUAAGAAAUGAUUUAUGCAAGACAUGUAAUUGAUGGAUAUUGUUAAAUGCCUGCAAAUUAAUUAUUAUUUUGUUAUAUUUAAAUUUUUACCUUUAGCGUUUGGGAUUAGGGUUAGUUAGGGAUAGGGUUAGGGUUAGGGUUAGGGUUAGUGUUAUUUAGGGAUAGGGUUAGGGUUAGGUUUAGGGCUAGUUAGGGAUAGCGUUAGGGUUAGUUAGGGCUAGGGUUAGGUUUAGUUAGGGAUAGGGGUAGGGUUAGGGUUAGUUAGGGUUAGGUUUAGGGUUAGUUAGGGUUAUGGUUAGGGUUAAUUAGGGUUAGGGUUAGGGUUAAUUAGGGAUAUGGUUAGGGUUAGGGUUAGUUAGAGAAAGGGUUAGGAUUAUUUAGGGAUAUUGUUAGG